AUGAAGCCUGAUACACACGAGCAAGUUAAUAAAGCUGUAUUGAAAUGGUUCACACGUAUACAAGCUGAAAAUGUUCCUGUUAGUGGCAUCCAUAUCAAGGAAAAAGCCCUUUAUUAUGCGAAAGAAUUGAACUUUGAGAAAUUCCAAGCAUCAGAUGGCUGGUUAAACAAGUAUGGAAUAUCCUUUAAGACCAUUGUGGACGAAUCUAAAUCAGUUACAAAAGAGAUGCUACCGACAAUCCGUACCAGAUACCCACUUGAAAACAUCUUCAAUGCUGAUGGAUACGAAAGAAAACUGUGUGGUGGCAAGUAUAGCAAAGUUCGAUUGACCGGGGUGGCAGCGGGAAAUGCAAAAGGUGAAAGACUGUCAGUGUUUGUCAUUGGAAAAGCAAAAAAAAUCCAAGAAGUUUCAAAAGUAUUAAAAGUAUUCCGUGUCGUUACCGAGCCCAGCCAAAAGGUUAUGGAUAACUGUCCUGCUCACCCACACGUUUGGGUUGAAUUCAUCUUUCUUCCAUCUAACACAUCAUCGGUAACGAAGCCUAUGGACCGGGGGGUUAUCAGAGCACUCAAAGCUAAGUAUCGUUCUCUUUCAGUUAAUAAGCAACUUGAUAACUUAGAGAAAGAAAAGCAGCUGCCGAAGUUUCAAAUCUUAACACCAAUAGCAAUGCUCAACAAGGCUUGGGGUUCUAUUCCUGACCGAACUUUUUGA